AUGAGAGCGGUUACAAUUUCCUUGUUUGGAUUUCUUCUUGUCAUCGCAGCCACCAUUAUUAGCUUUUGUGAUGGGAAUUCCAAUGUGCUUUGCAUUGAGAGUGAGAGGCAAGCUCUUUCGAAGUUCAAGCAACACCUAAUUGAUCGAUCAAACAGGCUAUCUUCUUGGGUUGAAGGUGAGGAUUGCUGUGAAUGGGUUGGUGUUUUCUGCAAUAAUUUCACUGGCCAUGUCAAAGAGCUGCAUUUGGGGCUUCAUUCAAGUAGUCCUGACAUAGAACAGGAUGAUGAACGGGAUGUUUUUUCAUAUCUUGAUUUGAGUGAUGCAAAUCUUACUAAAGCAACUGAUUGGCUGCAGGCAACACACAAACUUCCUUCUUUGGUGGAGUUGCACUUGUCAGAUUGCUAUUUAAAUAAUAAUGAUCCAUCUUCAAUCAGUGUUAACUACACAUCUCUUGCCGUUCUUGAUCUUUCUUCAAACAUGUUGUCUUCGAUACCUACAUGGAUAUUCAGUCUUCGUAGUAUCGUGUCCAUUGAUCUUAGCUCUAAUGGAGUUGAAGGUGUGAUUCUCAAUGGUUUUCAAAACAUAUCUUCUCUCAAAUUUCUUGAUCUUAGUUGGAAUUCAUUCUCUUCAUCAUCGACACUCAUCUGGUUGUCUAAUUUGAACCGACUUCAAUUCCUUGGUCUUCGUGGUGUCAGCCUGCAAGGAUCCCUUUCUAAUUUUCUUUGCAAUUCCUCAACUAAACUGGAAGCUUUGGAACUUCUUGACAUUGAAUCAAAUCUUCUGUCAGGUGAAAUUCCAGAUUGUUGGGAAAAUCAGCCAAAGUUGGGAGUCUUAAAUUUAGGAAACAACAAUCUAACUGGCAAAAUUCCUAGAUCCUUGGGAUCUUUGCAGAAUAUUAUGUCAUUAAAACUUCGUACCAAUAACCUGUUUGGAGAAGUACCAUCCACAUUGCAACAUUUAACUUAUAUGCUUAUUCUUGAUCUUAGUGAAAAUCAAUUAACGGGAAGUAUUCCAGCAUGGAAUGGAGACAAGCUUUUAAACCUUGUGGUUCUAAACCUUCGUUCAAAUAAAUUCCAAGCCCAUAUUCCUGAUCAAAUUUGUUCUCUUAAUUCUCUUCAUUUCUUGGAUCUUGGUUAUAACAACAUUUCAGGAGCCAUUCCAAAAUGUUUUAGUAACCUAAAACCCUUGGACCGAGACGGUUUGGCCUGGGUCUCACAGGAGAGAUCCCAAAGAACUUGGCAAUCUCACGUGGCUGCAGUCAUUAAAUUUGUCAGGGAAUCUCCUUACAGGAAAGAUACCAGAGAACAUUGGCAAUAUGAAGUUGUGGAAUCUCUUGACUUGUCGAUGAACCGAUUGCAUGGUGAAAUCCCUUCAAGUUUCUCCAAUUUGAAUUUCUUGAAUCACUUGAACUUGUCCUACAACAACUUGACAGGACAAAUUCCAUCAGGCACCCAGCUCCAAAGCUUUGACAGGUUUUCUUACAUUGGCAAUCAUCUUUGCGGACCUCCAAUCACUAAAAAUUGCAGCGGUGGAACACCUGGAAUUACAAAUGGAGAUAGCAGUGAAGGAAGGCACAGGUCUAAGGUGAAUUGGCUUUAUGUGAGCAUAGUGGUUGGAUUUGUGAUGGGGUUUUGGGGAGUAGUGGCUCCCCUGUUUUUCAUCAGGUCUUGGAGGUUUGCUUACUAUAAAAAACUAGAGCAUAUUGGUGAUAAGCUAUACGUGUUUUGGGCUACUAUUGGAAGGAGGAUUGCGACUUCACCAAUCACCAACAAAAGCUUUGAAAUUAGAUAUCUUGAUUUGAGUGAUGCAAAUCUUACUAAAGCAAUUAAUUGGCUGCAGGCAACACACAAACUUCCUUCUUUGGUGGAGUUACACUUGUCAGAAUGCUCUCUAAACAAUAAUCCAUCUCCAAUCAGUGUUAAUUACAAAUAUCUUACUGUUCUUGAUCUUCCCGGCAACACGUUGUCUUCGGUACCUACAUGGACAUUCAGUCUUCGUAGUCUUGAGUCCAUUGAUCUAAAAUCUAAUGGAGUUGAAGAUGUGAUUCCCAAUGGUUUUCAAAACAUGUCUUCUCUCGAAUUUCUUGAUCUCAGUUGGAAUUCAUCCUCUUCAUCAUCGACACUCAGCUGGUUGUCUAAUUUAAACCAACUUCAGUUCCUUGGUCUUCGUCACGUCGGCCUGCAAGGAUUUUUCCAAGUGCCAUUGGAAACUUGA